AUGCACGGUCUCUUCGAUCCAAUUCAUUCAGACGCGUCCUCCUCUCGGCGCCUCCGUCUCGACGAGUGCUCCAUCAUCGUCUUCCUCACCUCCACAAGUCGUCUCCAGCUGUGUUCAUCAAUCCUCAGCAUGGACUACCAGAAUCGAGUCGGUUCGAAGUUUGGAGGUGGCGGUGUCGCAGGGGCUUCAGAGACGAACGUGGACAGGCGUGAGCGGUUGAGAAAGCUGGCUCUCGAGACCAUUGAUCUUGCCAAGGACCCAUACAUCCUCCGGAACCACCUUGGUUCUCUUGAGUGUCGACUAUGUCUAACACUUCAUACCAACGAGGGCUCCUACCUGGCACACACGCAAGGGAAGAAGCAUCAGACGAACCUCGCCCGGCGUGCGGCGCGGGACCUGAAGGAGACACAGCUGAUGAUCGCGCCUGCGCAAAGUAACGUGCAACGAAAAGUCUUCUUGAAGAUCGGUCGUCCGGGGUACCGUGUCACGAAGGUUCGCGACAGGGACACAGGGAAAGAAGGAAUGAUGGUGCAGGUACACUUGCCGCAGAUCAAGCCUGGCGUCAUCCCUAGGAGACGGUUCAUGAGUGCUUGGGAGCAGAAGAGGGAACCGCCCAACAAAGCCUACCAGUAUCUCAUUGUUGCUGCUGAGCCGUACGAGACAAUCGCUUUCCGCAUUCCCGCCCGGGAAAUCGAGGACGAAUCCGAUGACGCUGGCUACUGGAACUGGUCGCACUGGGACCCAGACACUAAGCAGUACAGUUUCCAGUUCAUGUUCCGUCUCCAUUACUGA